AUGCGUCCAGUUGGUGAAUUUUCAAGAAUUAAAAAUCCUGCUAUUCUGAAAAAAGUACGUGCUUUCAUUUCGAAUUACUCCGAGUUCGAGGCAUUCACUCUUUCAGUCGAUGGAAUUCCGUUUGUAGCCUUGUCAUUUAUGAAUUCCGAUGCAUCACUUCUUGAGAGAUUCAAGAAAGGCCCAGAACCACCAACUCCGAUGAAGAAACAUACUAACGGAGGAAACAGCCCUCGGAAACGUCUUCAUUCAAGAUCUUCUUCGAAAUCAAUUAGGUUCACUGACGAAGGACUUAUGCCGAAAAAAACCAAUAAACCUUCAUCAGCCGACAACGAAGACAGUUUCCGCGAACUUGUCGAGACAGUUUCCGAUGCAUUGAUUGAAAAUGGGCGUCGAAACGAUGAUUUGUGGAAGGAUCGGGCGAAAAGUGUUGAGAGAUAA